AAGAUUUAUCAAUGAGACGCGUGGUUUUAAUCUUUUAUUAGAAAUUCAAAUCCAGUCAGUUGAGAAUUCUCGUAUUGGUUUUAUAAGAAUCAUUCGUCACUGGAUCUUCCGGAAGAAUUACUUUAAUGUCUGUUUUUCUCCUAUUAUAAUUGGACGUUACCAACGAGAGAGGUUGGUAUCAGAGAAAAUGGUAAAAUAGUUAUACCUGUGUGUUAUUCAAACCGCCAGUACUCACAUUUAAUUCGCGUGAAACAAUGCGGAAAUUUUUACGGAUAAAAUAGUUGUGUACAUUCAUCGGAGGAUGACUGAGGAUGAAACACUUGAUCAAACUGUUAAAAACUAUCUUCGGCUGAUGUUGCGUGCGGCAAUUCAAUAGAAGAGCAUUCUGAUAAGAAUUGUCCCGCUAUCUCAAGCACCAACGUAGACGUUUCCUGGCUCUGGUAACUAUUGCCUUGAACUCUGUAUUUUGAAUAUGGCGAGUAAAGCUCAUCAAUAAAAAUGUUGUCAACGUAUAAACUGUACACGGCAUUGGUUCUUUCAUUUGUCAUUAUCGAAGUUUACACUGAGAGUACUGCAUCGGUAUUUCGAAUCACGCCAAAGAAAGAUGAAGAUAUCGAAGUUUUGUAUUCCUUGGACAGGGACAUGGAUGGUAUUGGAUUUUGGAAGGAUCCGGCAGGCAUCGAUAAGCCUGUUGACUUGAUGGUCCCAAAAAAACACCUAGAAACUUUCAAGGCGACAAUGAAAGAUCAUGAAUUGACAUAUACUGUUCAAGUACAAGAUGUACAGCAAUUAUUGAACAAUGCGACCAGACGUGGUAAACGUUCUAGAAAUAUAGAAAACUUUGGAUUCACGCGGUUCCAGACGCUCGAUGAAAUCUACAACUGGUUGGAUAACUUGGCUCUCGCUUAUCCGAAUAACGUGGAAAUAAUCGUGGGUGGAAAGAGUUUUGAAGGCCGCCCGAUCAAAGGAGUAAAACUCACCUUUGCUCCGGGUAAGUCGGGCGUUUUCAUCGAGGCUGGAAUUCACGCACGGGAAUGGCUGUCGCAUAGCACAGCAACGUUCUUGAUAAACGAAUUACUGACCAGUAACGAUCAGGACGUUCGUCAGCUUGCACAAUCGUUCGACUGGUACAUCUUUCCGUGCUUCAAUCCGGACGGCUACGUUUUCACCCACUCCGACCCUACAAAUGGAUUAGUCAGAUUAUGGCGCAAAACGAGAACGCCUUAUGCCGCAAAUCAGUGUUGGAACCAAGAAUUCUGCGAGCAACGCAUAUGCCACGGUGCCGAUCUCAAUCGAAAUUGGGGAUUCCACUGGGGAGGUCCUGGAAGUGGUCACGACGGAUGCGCUGAAGUUUUCGCCGGACCUGGUGCUUUCUCGGAAAUCGAGUCCAAAACUAUCUCGGAAUACAUAACUUCCAUCUCUGAUAAACUUUUUGCAUACAUAAGCUUUCACACCUACAUUGAAAAGCUUAUGUUUCCUUACGGCCAUACAAGUGCUCAUUUGGAUAACUAUGACCAACAGUAUAUAGUAGGCCUUGAAGCCAUCGACGGACUUUCGAAAAGAUACGGAUCCCGAUUCCCUAUCGGAAAUAUUGCUGAAAUUCUCGGGGGCCCAGCCAGUGGUGGCUCGAUAGACUGGGUAAAAGCGAACUUCAAAGUUCCUUUCGUUUACUGCUACGAGCUGCGCGGCCGGACAAAAGCUGGACAAAUGUACGGGUUCGUGGCUCCGCCGAGUGAAAUAAUUCCCAGUGGACAAGAAGUCCUGGACUCACUCGUCGCUAUGUUCAAAGCAGCUGCCAAUUAUUAUCCGCAAUUGAAACGUGAAGCAGAAACAUCGGCGCCUGCAUCACCGUCCUUGCAAUAAAUAUCCCUCAUGGCCACAAAUUUUUUAAUCAAACCACCUUAUAAAUUAUUGGAAUAAAAAUUCGUUGAACGAAAA